AUGUCGUAAUCUCUAUUUAAAAAUGCUGCAACAAAUAUGGGCCCUGAAUAUCCCCAUCAGAAUGCAGCGAAAAUGUUUUAAGAACAUUAUUUAUUUAGAAACACCGAAUAAAUGUAGGCCAUAUUCGCACAUGUGUAACCUAGGCGCCUUUCCAGGACUGGGAAUUUGGUGUCGCCAUUCAAGAUUACACUUACUGACUGAAAAACCUAACUCAUGUAAUAAAAGUAGAAUUAUUUGGUGUUCUACGGGAAGAAAUUUGUCAUCUUCAUAUUAUAGUAUGUCACACCACAAUUGCUGGACAUUUACCACAGAUCGCAGUAUUAACAGCAUACCAUCAGCCAUAAAGGGUCAUCCCCAUUUUCAGAUUAGGCACAUUUCAGGACAGUCUGGUGUAGAAAUCACGGGGAUAUGGCCCCGUGUGUUCCUGUGGUUGUCAGAAAGCCCACCAGUUGCCUAUGCUCAAGACUUCCUCUUGUUUAUACAUAAUUCAUCUGGCCUUCCAUGGUGGACAACAAUUAUACUGACAACUGUUUUCCUGAGGACUGCUGUAACACUUCCUUUAGCAUUUUACCAGAAUUACAUACUGGCUAAGGUUGAAAACCUACAUCUGCUUGAGAUGCCAGAAAUUGUGAAAGAAUUGAAGAAAGAAACUGCAAUUGCAAUGAAACAAUUCAACUGGACUGAGAACCAAGCACGGAGAAUGUAUAAUCGAUCACUACAAAAGCAGUGGAAUAAUCUUAUAAUCCGUGACAAUUGCCAUCCGUUAAAAGCCAGUAUUCUUCUCUGGGUACAGUUGCCCAUGUGGGUAUUUGUAUCGGUUGCCUUGAGAAAUAUGGUGUACCUGCUCCCUCACAGCAAGGCAGGUGCGAUGGUAACAUACAUGGAACUGAGUGUUGGAGGGUUCGGCUGGAUUCCGAAUCUUCUUGUUCCUGACGAGUCUCUUAUUCUGCCAGUUUCUCUGGGACUUAUCAAUCUUGCCAUUGUUGAGCUUCAGACCAUGUCAAAAAUAAGGAAGAAGAGUAAACUUCAGCAGUACGUGACACAUUUCUUUCGAUUAUUCAGUAUCGCCACGAUACCAAUUGCUGCUUCUGUUCCUUCAUGCUUGAACUUGUAUUGGGUUACGUCGAGUGCUUAUGGACUUGUGCAGAAUUUGGUUCUUCUUUCUCCUCGUGUGAAGAGAUUUGGCCAUAUUCCAGAGACACCCAGUCAACUCAGCAACCCUUACAAACAUAUUGCUUCUGAAAUCAAACUUCGAGCUAAUCGGCUUCCAGCCUGGUGGAAGUCUCGAGCCAAGAAUUAAGUGGUUGCGGUAUGUAAAGACAAGAGCAUGCAGAGUGGUGCCAUCUGUUCAUAUGCAGAAAAUAGUGCUCGUGUGCAGACAUGUUAUGUGGGCUUGUAGACUCAAAGAUCUGAUAUUUUCAACAGCAAACAUGUUAGCAGUGAUGCCCCCAUGCUGGGAACUUACCUGCUGGAUUAGCCUUUUGAAUGAGAACUGGACUUCGAACUUACUGCAUUUGAAACAGAUGUAUAAGAGAACAAGUAUAUAACAUUUUGCAGUUGCUACAUGUUUUCACUUUAUCAGGCAUCAGCAGGCUACUUUGUAAAAUAAAUGUCUCUUCAUUUUACUUGACAUCUGUAAAGUGACAUUUGUUGGGGAUCAGCACUGGCACAUAUCUUACUUCAGCCUCUUGGGUAACGGCAUUGGCAGUAUAUUAAAAGCAUACCCAGAUGAUCAGUUGGUUUCUAAUGAAAUAGAUUUUGUAGCAAAAUGUAGUUCAAACAGAUGGCAAUUAAUGAAAAUGCAAAAUUUACAAAAUAUUUUUUUCAACCCCUGUCCAGCUCCAUGUGUAUAAAAUAUAUCUGGUAUCCUGCAAAUGGUGUAAAUCGUAUUUAUGUUUGAUUUUGC